GCUGUCAAUUUUAUAUCUUAACCUCAAAUCGAUACAUAAAUAUUUUCUUUUUCCACUUAAGUGAAAAAUUAACCAGUCUUCAACAUGUCUUAUAUGCUCGCUCAUUUACACAAUGGAUGGCAGGUAGACCAAGCAAUAUUAUCCGAAGAAGAUAGAGUAAUCGUUGUUCGAUUUGGACACGAUUGGGAUCCUCAAUGCAUGAGAAUGGACGAAGUACUGUAUAAUAUUGCAGAGAAAGUAAAAAACUUUGCGGUUAUAUACUUGGUCGACAUUACUGAGGUUCCAGAUUUUAAUAAAAUGUACGAAUUGUACGAUCCGUGUACAGUAAUGUUUUUCUUUAGAAAUAAACACAUUAUGAUUGAUUUAGGUACUGGUAAUAACAACAAAAUUAAUUGGCCAUUGGAAGACAAACAGGAGAUGAUAGAUAUAAUUGAAACAGUGUACAGAGGGGCUCGAAAAGGACGAGGUCUUGUUGUCUCACCCAAAGAUUACUCGACAAAGUAUAGAUACUGAUUUAACCGUGUUUGGGGUCUGAAAAUUACUUGUUAUUGUACGAUUGCUGAAGAAACAAGAAAGUUGUAUAAGUAUAUUGUAGAAAACUACUUGUAUAUGAUAAAAACAUGCAGUACAUUACAAAUGUGUAAAUAAAUCGAUUUUUAGUAAUUUUUUGAUAAAUAUAAAUUAAUCAGUCUGUAGAGUGAUUGAUGACACAAACUUAUAAUCACAUUUUAAGUUUUGUUAAUUUAUCAAUUAAAAUUAGAUCACACAAAAAUAAAGCUAAUAAAAUGCAGGCAAUGGGAACCAAAAAAUUUUGGCCACAUGACCAUCUUUUUUUCUGAAGCACAAUUAGUUUUGGUUCUCAUUAUCAACAUGACUAACUACUAAUUAUUCCACGAACACAGGAAAAAUUACAGUCUCCUACUUUUGACUAUAUCCUACAUAAGUACA